AUGGCAGAGCCGUCGCACAACCCAUAUGCUCGAUCUCCCAACCCAUCCACGAGGUCAUAUGACUCCUCUUCAGUUAGUUCCGCUACUUCACCGAGACCGCCGUCGAGGUAUCUGAGCGCGCUACUUGGCGCUAGCUCGAGAUCCAACAACGCAGCUUCAAGUCCGCAACCACUUGGCAUGACUCCUCUCCCAUCCGUCAACCAGGGAUUCCCUGAUGGCCCGAACCUGAGUCGGGAAUCCCUUCCAUCGGCAGAGGCUGUCAUGGCGGGGGGACAGGCUCCAAACCAUGGACACAUGCCGGGGACACCUGGUGGCCAAGCCCAAAAGAGGGCAUACCGACAGCGAAGAAAGGACCCCAGCUGCGAUGCUUGCCGCGAAAGAAAGGUCAAAUGCGACGCGACGGACACCACCCGCUGCUCCGAGUGCUCGAGCCGAAACGUCAAGUGCCAAUUCACCAAGGAGACGAACAGGCGCAUGUCUUCUAUCAAGCAGGUGCAGGAUUUGGAAAAGCAACUUGAGAAAAUGAAGCGCGAAAACUCUGCAAUGCGCCGGGCCCUGGAAGAGCGACAAGGGCACAUGGACGUUGAUCUGGACUCGGCGGACCGGCAGUCUACUCAGCUACCGUCCAUUGGAUCGGAACCGAAACUACGAAAGCGACUCCCACCAAACCCAGAGUUGACGCGAGCCAGGACUAACGUGCGGAACUUUUCCAAGGGCAUAUGGCAGCUCCCCGCCCAGCAUCGUAAUCAUGCUGCGUCUGUUCCUGACUGCCCUACGCCAGAGUUGCCUCCCCAGGCCAUGACAGAGCGCCUGUUGCACUCGUUUUGUAUUUCGGCGCAUCCCAUGUUUCCAAUUAUUCACAUGCCGACCUUUCAAUCCGGGGUAAACGAGCUGUAUCGAGUCCAUCCUCCACGCGUAUCGUCUGCCUGGAUCAGCUUGUUCUUCGCAGUUCUCGCCACUGGCAGCCUGUUUAGCCUCGAAACUCCGACGACGGCUACAUUUUAUCGGCCGGCCGAGUUUCUAGAAUCCGCCCGCAAGGUAGUAGACCCAUGGAGUAAUAACCACAGCCUUGAUAAUGCGAGGGCCCUCGUGCUCAUCACCAUUUGCCUCAACGAGAUGAACCUGAAGUCUGCGGCUUGGAACUGGCUUGGAAACGCCGUGCGUGUUGGGCAAGACCUGGGACUAUAUUGCGAGUACGAUUCUUGGCCAGCUAUCGAGACGGAGAUGCGGCGCAGAACAUGGUGGGCCAUCUACAUCCUGGAUAGGACCAUGGCGACCGAGAUGGGACACCCAUUCAUCAUUGAUGAUGCUGACUGCGACGUGUCAUUACCAGCAGCUGUGGACGAUCACUACCUUCAUGAAGACGGGGUGCGUGUGCCUGAAGGAGCGGAGCCCUUGACGCAUUCGCUGCUGGCGGUCAUUCACGUUGUCCGCUCAUAUACAGCAUUGGUAAAGGCGUUGGAUCAGCCUUUUCUCUCUGCGUCGCAUCUGGCCGCGUUUGACAGCUACUUCAAAAAGUGCCUCAGCACAUUUCCUCCUGCUUGCGACCCUAGCAGCACUGUGUCCUUGGCACCUCACUUUCUGGCUCCCCUUGCCUAUCUCUUUCAUGCCAGGCUGCUCCUUCACAGACACAAUUUGUCGCCAAGCUGUCCACCAGAUGCCCGCCUUGCCGCCGUAGAGAGCUGCAUUCACGUCGCCCUGAAUACCGCAUCUCUGAUUGACCGGACCAAAUCUCCGGCGGAUGGAGCAACAUCGCUCCUUACUGAGCACGUCUUCCGCUCGACGUUGUUCUUGCUGCUUGCCGGCUAUCUUGAUGGUGCCGUCAGUUGCAUUAGGGCUCUGGCUGCUAUUGAUGCUCGCCGCGACGUCUCCAUGGGCUGCGGACGAUUCUUGGCUUUUUUCGUCACGACAUUGUGUGCGAAGCGCACUGAAUACGCAAACUACAUGCCCCUUCGGUCAUCCAUUGACCAGACAGCACUCGCUGUAUCUCUCGCUCGCGACGAGGAGUUGCUAGUUUAUCUUUCCGCCGAUGUUCAAGCUUCUCCCAACCGGUCCUGGCUAUGGUCGUUCCAGGACCGCGAUGCAGCCCCCCCGCAGACGAGUGUGGUUCCUCAAAGCCAUUAUGCCACGAGCGAAAAGGUUCUCUUCAGUUCCGAACAAAGAACUGGGCUGAACGAGGCAGAGCGCAGAGAUUGGGUCGGAUGGGCUAGGCUGGAGUCCAUGGCUCUAAACAUGGCCUCGGCAAACGUGUCGUAUCCUCCUGCCCUACCACCCCCGCAGGUGAAGAGCGAAUCGCCCAUCGCAAAUGUUGAGAUUUCAAGGCUUUCCGACGCAUCCCGAUAUUCCGUUGGUCAUGGAGGUGAAGUCAGCCCCCCGGGACCAAAGCGAGGCGCCGAGCGCAUUAGCAUCGCAAACAUUAUUUGA